CUUGCGCUGGUGCAGCAUUAAAAUUUUGCCAGAACAAUUUUUUGAAACGAUUUUGAACCCCUUUAAAAUUCUAAAUUUGUGCUGCAAACAUACCUAAAAGUGACCGCAGUGCAUUCCAGCGUAUUUAUAAGUUCUUGUUAUGGUGUAACAUUCCUGGUCCUCGGACGGGGAAAAUCACGCAAAUGACGAACAACAUCCGUAACGGACCAGCCACACGACAGCAGUAAUGUCUACGUUCUCGACGCUGAUUGGCCCACUGCUGGUGGCCGGAACGAUUCUGCUGGGAGCCGCUGGUUCCACCGGCGAGUCGGCCACCUCGGAUCCGGACCGGCUGCAGACGGCCGGGCUGCCCAACUGCAACGACGACCUCGCCAAGGGAGGGCGCGAUGUUAGCGAUCGAUUACUGUACGUCACCACGCUGGACGGUCGGAUGUCCGCGCUGGACAUGACCAACGGGGGCGCGCUGCGUUGGAGCGUAGAAACCGGCCCCGGCUCGCUGCUAUCCUCGAGCAUCCACCGCCUCGAACUGACCAACAACGGCAAGUGGGUGCGCAUGAUCCCGUCGCUGAGCGGUGGCCUGUACAAAUUCGAUGGGGAAACGGUGGAGCCGAUUCCGUUCAGUGCGGAGGAUUUGCUGCGGUCGUCGUUUAAGUUCAGCGACGAUUUGGUCAUUUCGGGCGGGAAGGAAACUCGCUCGUACGGGGUUUCGACGCGGACGGGGCAGUUGAUUUACGAGUGCACGAUGAACGGGUGCCGGAACGCGACGCAGAUUCUGGAGGAAGACUCGAAGAGUGGCCCGCCGCGGGAGGGGAUGGACCGGGUGUUGGAGCACGAUCCGCUGUUGGAUGACGUGGUUGUGAUUCGGCGGCAGACGCAAACGGUGCGGGCGGUGGAGUCACGGACGGGGAAUGAGCGGUGGAACUUUAGCAUUGGGCACCAUGAGUUGGAGAUGCUGAAGAAUGAGGACUGUCGGCAGGGGUCGAAGGAGGCGUUGGAUGCGGCCAUUUUGGACUUGGAACUGCGGGUUGUUAUUCCGGAGGGCGUUGUUUGUGCGGUUAGCAAGUCGACGCCUGGGGUGGUGCUGUGGAGGCACAAGUUUGACCAUCCGAUUGUGAGUGCUUGGCGGGCGAAGGACCGGAACGGGUUGAUGAGUGUGGAUUUGUUUAGGGGUGCGGAAUGGUUGUGGAACAACAAUGGCCAGAUGAGCUCGUCGGACUGGUUGAAGGACAGCAACGGGUUGAUUAAUCCGUCGCUUUAUUUGGGAAUGCACCAGAAGCAGCUGUACAUCCAGGAAUCGAUGGCGUUGAUGGUGCGCCAGACGAGUGACGUGCAGGAGAUUCUGCUGAUGGACGAGAGCAAGUUCCCGACGAUUCCGUGGAAGCCGUUCCCGGCAAGUCGACAGGUUGCUGGUUUGCUGACGGAUGGAAGCGAACCGGAGGAUGAUUCGCAGUUUGCGGAAUCGACGGCGAUUGCAAGAUCAGUUUUGUACCAGUCGAACUACGUCAACGGGAACGGGUUCUUUCUGUUUACACCGGAAGACUUGAAGCGUAAGGAUAACGGACUGUGCUCGAACAAAACGACCGCCGCCAUCACCGACGGUUCGCGGAACGAGAGUUCAAUUUUUGACUUCACCAUGGAUCCGGACGCCCCGGUGAAGGUCAUCAUAAUUUCGAUCUGGUUCUGGUGGAAGGAAAUCCUGGUGAUCUCGGCGACAACGGCAUUUCUGCUCAACGUAAUGUUGCGCUUCAAGCAGGAAAAGGAGAAGGUCGUUGUCUUUGUGGAGCGCCCGGUUGAAGUCCCGGUUCCGAUGGGCAUUGAGGCCACCGAAGAGGCGUUUGUCCCGCUGGCCGCCAUUCGAAAUUCUUCCCGCAGCCUGUCGGAAUCGAACGGGGACAAUUUUGUGUCCCGUUUCCAGGAGGACUUUGAGCUUGUUCAAUGUCUUGGAAAGGGCGGGUUCGGCGUCGUCUUUGAGGUCAAGAACAAGCUUGACGACUGUCACUACGCCAUCAAACGGGUCGUACUCCCAAACAAGCAGGAAUCAAAGGAUCGCGUCAUGCGCGAAGUUAAAACGCUGGCCCACUGCGAACAUCCGCACAUCGUGCGUUACUUCCACGCCUGGACGGAGACGCCCCCGCCGGGUUGGCAGGAAGGCCAGGACAAGAUCUGGAUCGAGCGCAACUGCCUGUCCACGUCGAUCGACAUCGAGACGCCGACGGAGACUUCGCCGCCCAACUCCAAACUCAUUCCGGCCAGUUCCGGUGGCUUUUCGCGGGCCACGCUGCCGGAACCGGUGAAACAUUCCAGCCCGCCGUGGAUGACCAAGCUGCCGGAGCCGAGCUUCUCGCUGGAUCACGCCUCCGACUCCAACAGCUGCUCGUUCAUCGAAUUUCGAGCGGAUCCCCAGAAAAACUCGUCGCCGGAGGAGAGCGAGGAAGACGAUCAGGAAGUCGACGACGAUUCCUCAUUCCAGAUUGAGUUCAAACGUGACACGCAGGACGAGUCGGAGGACAUUGUUUUCAAAGAACCUUCGCAAGACCCUUCCCACCACAUCGUUUCGAUUCACGACACGUCCAACGGCAAAACAGACAACGGUCCCCACUUCCGAAAGAACCGCAAGCGGCGUCAGCUUUCGUUGGAUCUCAACAGCACCGGAAACGUGAUCCGACCGACGCAAGCCGGCGCAGCCGGCGGCGGAGGAGACUCCCUCGCGACCAGCUCCGGCAUCGUAAGCAACAAGAUCUAUCUCUACAUCCAGAUGCAGCUCUGUCGCAAGCAAUCGCUCAAGGAGUGGCUCUGCCUGAACGACCUGGCCGCGCGCCGUGACAAAAUCGUACCGAUCUUCGAGCAGAUCGUGGACGCCGUCGAGUACGUCCACCUGAAAGGCCUCAUCCAUCGCGACCUGAAACCGAGCAACAUUUUUUUCUCGCUGGACGGCCGAAUCCGGAUCGGGGACUUUGGGCUGGUGACCGAUUCGAGCGAUGUGCAGUACGACAUCGAGCAUAAUUUGCCGGCGAUGACGGCCAAGGAGCGGCACACGCGCCAGGUCGGGACGCAGCUGUACAUGUCGCCGGAGCAGCUGCGCAGUGCGCCGUACGACUACAAGGUGGACAUUUACUCGCUCGGGUUGAUCCUGUUUGAGUUGUUGGUGUGCUUUGGGACCGAAAUGGAGCGCAUUUGUACGAUUAAGGACGUGCGGAAGGGGCGGUUUCCGGACGGGUUUGCGGGGAGUUUUGCGAAUGAGCACCAACUUCUGCAGCUAAUGCUGUCCGACCAGCCCGGCAAGCGACCCACGACCUUCGGCAUCAAGGCUCGUCCACCGCUGAAGCGAAGUAUUUCAUCCGGCAGCGGCGGCUCAUCGUUGCAUCUUCCAGGGCUGGCAACGGACCAAGUCCCGCCCAACGGCAGCAGCAAUCGGACUUUGUCCACGUCGUCGGAUGGUUCUCCGCUCGAAAACGACGAGUGGCACUUUGAGCUGCCCCCGCGAAGGAAGGACAGCCGAUCGUUCACGACGACCAACAGCUCCAACAGCACCGGAAGCAAUCAGAACAACCAGAUAUUCUUUUGAACAGUGUUGAUUUACUAUCUACUUAAGUAAAGCCUUGUUUUUUAAGCCAGUGUUGAUCGGUUAUGAGAUGAAUUUAGUAUUACGAAGCGUCGUGAACGGCGAAGCUGCAUGGAAUUGUAAUAUUCACUACAUCAAGCGAAAUCCAAUAAAGUCUGUACUAUUAGUUCUAACUUAAA